UAAAUUCGGUUCCUACGCUACGGUAGUGCUGCAUAGUGAGCAUCGGUUGAUUAUUUGAUUUUUGAUAAUACUCUGGUUAAUAUAUUGAUUGAGAAUAUCGGUAAAUAUGAAUUAAUGCAACCAGCAGUAGUAGCUGUUUGUUGAUAAUGGCUGAGUACCGUAGUUCAGACUCGUAUCGUGUGUCUUCAGGAGUGGGAAGCGAUUCUGAAGUAAUGGCAGAAUUAGCGGCACUUUUGCGCCAUGAAAUCCCUGAUGGGAGAAGCCACCUGGCCGAUAGUCACACAAAUUUGGAGCGAGUAGCAGAGUAUUGCGAGGCAAAUUAUUUCCAAGCCGAGAACAAACGACUAGCUCUUGAAGAAACUAAAAAUUACACAACUCAGUCACUUGCCAGUGUUGCAUAUCAAAUAAACACGCUGGCUUAUAACUUUCUGCAGUUGUUGGAUCUACAAACUUCGCAACUUGCGGAAAUGGAAAGUCAGAUGAACCACAUUGCUCAGACAGUUAUGAUUCACAAGGAAAAGGUUGCCAGAAGGGAAAUAGGUGUUCUUACUGCGAACAAAAUGACCACGAGACAGUAUAAGAUUAUUGCACCGGCAAAUCCUGAAAAACCUAUAAAAUAUGUAAGGAAAAGCAUUGAUUACACCAUCUUGGAUGAGAUUGGUCAUGGUGUACGAAGCGGAGGUACUCCUAGAAGCAAACAGCGUGGGGGGAGCCAGGGCAGUGUACAAAGUCUCGGUGCCGCUUCGACUGGUUCUGGUUUAGGUGCAGUGAUUGUGGGUCCAGCACCUACUACGAAGCCACCAACUCCACCACAAACAGUCCGAACAGGAACACUGAGUAAGGGCUCCCGUGAGUACAGAACACCACCCGCAGUGGCUCCACCCCAAGUUCCCAGUCACUAUGCACCCAAUUACCCCUUAGGUCAUCCUAGACGGGAACGAGGACCCGGUUAUAGUACAUUGCCACUCCACGCUCAUACCACCCCGCAUCCCUCUCAUGGGCUUCAGCAUACAGCUCAUACUGCUACUCUUACUCAACACACCCUACCUCCCCAAGUUGGAACUGUUCAUCCACUUCAAAGCCAUCCGCAAACUCCACCUCCCGCUCCACCCAGUAUCACCGGAGCUGCAGGCUAUGUCCAAGAACAUCUCAACAGCAUGCCACCACCUCCCUCGCCGCUAGUUGGCUCUGGGGGUGAAAUGACUAAUUACAGUGGUCACCAUACUCUGCCGCAUCGACUAUCUCAUCAAGUUAGCCGCAGCAGUGGAGCAAGCAGCCCUCCAUUGCCUCCACCGCCACCCCCUGAACACGACGAACAUUCUCAAUUUGGAAGACCACAGCAACCAUCUGGUGCUAUUAUGCCGAUUGUGCCAGAUGAGGAAGACUUACCUGGAUGGGUACCAAAGAACUAUAUUGAGAAAGUGGUGGCCAUUUAUGAUUAUUAUGCCGAUAAAGAAGAUGAAUUGAGCUUCCAAGAGAGUUCGGUUAUCUAUGUUUUGAAGAAGAAUGACGACGGAUGGUGGGAAGGCGUAAUGGAUGGAAUAACUGGACUAUUUCCUGGGAACUACGUAGAGCCCUGCGUUUAGAAUACCUAUUUCCUUUCUAAUUUGGAUCGAUUAGUUUUUCUAUGAUGAGUACUAGUGGUUAAUAAUCGAAUAUUACAGUUACAAAAUUGUUGUACGAUAUAUGAAUCAGUGAUUUGAAACUGCACUUUUGCGGUCCAAGAGUCUUUGCAUUUGAACACUAUUUCGUACGUGUUUGUUCCGCUUGUUAUAUGAAGUGACGAGAUCUUUGCGGGUAUUUGAAAUGCAAGGCUAUCUCCAAACGCGCUAUAUUGCCGAUUCAUUGAAACUGAUAUCCUUGUAGUUUUUGUUACCAAACCACUUCGGAAACAAUAUCGUACAUAUGGUUUCAGUAAAUUAAUUCGUAAUUAUUAGUUUACUCCUUGGCUCUUCUGAGAAAAUAAUUCCGUAGUGUGAUGAACUUUCUAUGAAUCCUGAAAAAAGAAUUACCCUGCAACUCCUGUAACUUUAGACUAAUAUUUGAAAUGUAAAAUAAUCAAUGAAAUCGAUCUGGGUGAAUAAUUUUUUUUUUUUUUUUUAUGAAAUUAGUAAAAAGUACAUUCUAUAUACCAAACUGAAAAAAAAUAUAUUGUAGGUCACAAGUAAUUGUGUCCUAUAUCAUAAAAUAGUAGUCUACUUAUUAGGUGUAGUAAAUCGCUUGAUAUGCCUGGAGGUAUAUCAGAGCGGCCUAGGAUAGCUAUAUUAUGAGUGUAUAAGUUGACAUUAUACCCAUCUUUUCAAGUUGUUUGCUAAUCGUGGGAUACUUCUAUGCGUAAGGAUUACAUAUAAUAGACUGCGAUUGUUAAACUACAUAAGAUUGAAUGGAACCUUGUUUACUCUGAAUAAACGAAAUAUUCAG